AACAGUUGACCCCCCCAUUCGAUUCAUGAUAAGUGGUAGAGUCCAGAGGGCGCGAGCCUCCAAACUGUUUUGGUUGUCAGAGGAGAAGUAGCCGGUAUAGCUCGGGUGAUUAAAAGCGUUAAAUUGUUAAAGAAAAAGGAAUUACGCCAUUUUACACAUGUGUAUAUAACAGUUUAAAGUGACUUUUAUUUAAACAAUUCGACAUUAUAGCGGAGACGAAUACGUGUCCUCUGCACAAAAGAAAGGAAUGAAACCACUAAGAAAAGAAGGCAAAUACAUUCAAGAACAAGAAUAAGUACAUUUAAGGAUGGAGGAGAAGAUGAGCAAGGAGAACAUCGAAGAGGUGAAAGUGCUGGAGGCUCAGAUCGAUCAUCUCCGGGCUGAAGUUGCAGCGUUGCAGCGCCAACAGCAGGACAACCAGAAGGAAAUGACAUUCCACUUCAGAGGACAAAUGCGGGAUGCCCUGUCAUAUAUGUGCGGACAGAAACAUGUAGGAGGGAAGGAGAAGGUGGCGUCCAGGCUGAAGGACGAGGUGGAGGCACUGCAGGAUGAUCUGAAGCGGCAGACACAGAUGAAUGGCAUCAGUCUUAACAGCUGCACUGCAAAGACUCUGCAAAGCAGUGACAGUAAGCUGGUCCAGCAGCUCUGUGUAUCAGGAAACUGCUCUGAACUGGUCUUCCAGGUGGAGUUCCAGCUCUCUGAGGUCAAGGACGGUCAGAGAUCUGAGAGAACAAUCAGUGAUCUGAACGUGGUGAUGGACACCAGUGACCUGCAGAGCUUCAGCAGCUUCCUGUCUGGGGUGGAGGAGAGCAGGGAUCUUCUGCUGUUCUUCAGGACUCUAAGGAGUUUCUCAGACAGGUGUGACGACCGGUGCAGAACCUUCCGGCACUUCCAGGAGAAGUAUCCGUCCGUCGUCUCUCUACCUGGAGGCUGCAGGUCAGAGACCAUGACCCUGAAUCACCCCGAGCUUCCUGGCUGCGUCCUGUUCGUUCAUUGGUCGGUUGAAGUUUCCAGAGAGGGCGGAGUCACUCCAAAAAUCAACCUGCUGACAAAGAUCCCAGAGAGAGCGUUGCAGUUGUUUCCCUCUCAGGCUGUAGGCGGCGCUGCCGAGGCCUUUCACAGCCUGCUGAGGAUACUGGGACCUGAAGCCGCCCUGGAGUCUGUCAUCAGGGCGGUCGGCCUCUCACAGGACACAUAACUCGCAUCAGACCUACCAGUUAAAAUGUGAAACACGACUUUUCUUUUUCUAUUUCAGAUAUUUUCAAAUAAUGAAACACAGCGUUUUGUUUAGUCUCUUAGAAAUCUUUAUUCAAUAGAAAGAGCACAACUGUGAUGGCUGUAACAGCAGAGCUCAUUGGUCA